ACGGCCUGUCCACUGGCGGCUGGGGCAGCCUGUGAGGAACGCGGGUGCCUCCCCUUAGCUGCCCGCCGCCCUGCCUGCGCCGCCUCCUCGUGCGCGGGACGCUCCCCAGGCCGCGAGCCCGGCGGAGCCGCUGCUUCAGCUUUCCUGCGUGCUUUUUGCAUCAUUUGACAUUUGCGUUCAGUUAAGCUUGGGACCUCAACGAAGAAGGACCUGUUUGGUUUUGUUACUAGGUUUUUUGUUUGUUUGUUUGCUUCCAACAUGGCAGCUUCCAGCCGCGCACAAGUUUUAGAUCUGUACCGGGCGAUGCUGAGAGAGAGCAAGCAUUUCAGCGCCUACAAUUACAGAAUGUAUGCUGUCAGGAGAAUAAGAGAUGCCUUCCGAGAAAAUCAGAAUGUAAAAGACGCUGUAGAAAUUCAAACUCUGGUGAAUAAAGCCAAAAGAGACCUUGAGAUAAUCCGCAGACAGGUGCAAAUUGGCCAACUGUAUUCAACUGACAAGCUUAUCAUUGAGAAUCAAGAGAAGCCCAGGACAUAGGCGCCCUGCACUAGGAGACAGCCUCCACAGCACAACUGACCACCUUCAGCACCCAUUCUACAGAGAGUGGAACCUCCCAAUACUGGCUGAACAUGGCCUCUUGCUCUGCCUGCCUUGUAGGAGCUGAGAAACUGAGUCACAUUUGUAUUCUGUCGCGGACAUAAUCUGAAGAAAUAGCUGUGCAUCCUCAGUUUGGUGUCAGAAUGAAGAGCUGAAAGUCACUCAGAAUAAUGCUAUGUUAUCGUGUCUCCUCACCACUCCACCCCAUCUUACAGUUCACCCACAUUUGUAUAGAGCUUUUGCAGACUCUGUGUCUUGGUCUUUGACAAUAAACAUAAUUAUCUCCUUAUCCUUUUGUACCAAAUAAACCCAUUACACUGAAUGUGCAUUGAUUUCCUGACAAAGCAGGGACAGUAGAAGUGGGAACCCAAAGGAAGGCCCACCAUCAUCUGAUGAUUGCUUUUGUGAAGGCAAGUCCACGCACCAGCUCAGACGCAAGUAAUGAGGACAUGGAUCAAGACGAGGAGGUAAGUACAGCCCAGCCACUCAACCC